AUGUCGCCGGUCAGUCAAUAUUGUCCGUUGCUGGAUUGAAUCGAAAGACCGCGUUCAAAAUGCAGACCCCGCACUCCCCACUCCAGACCCCGCCGCCGCCGCCGCUCCCUCCGCCCUCCGCGCGCCGGAUCCCACCCCGCUGCCGGCCUCCACGGGUGGGAAGCCGCAUCCGGCCCCUGGCCCGCCGCGCCGCUGCCACCCCUCCCCGACGCGGCUCCGCGACCACCCCCGCCCCCCCGGCCGCGGCGUCUGCUGCCAGAGGCCUCCCCGAUGCAGGUCCGCCAGUGACGCCUUCCUCCCCACGGAGCACGCCAGCGACGCAGUCCUGCCCGCCCUGCGAUGCAGGCCCCGGCGCUGCCUAGUGCUGGAGUUUUUCACCACCUCGCCCACCAAGUGCUCGACAGAUUGCCUCAGCCAGUUUCUGAAGAAUACUGAUAUUAUACUGCAAGCAGACGAGAAGCUGAUGAUGAAGAAGGAGAGUACUGCAAGAGUGCAGGAGAAUGAUACUCUCUGCAGCAGAUGGGUGGAGGAGAUGGAGGAGGUGCUACCAGGCACCGAUCUGCUAGUGGAGAAGGCACGGUGGAGCAAGCCCUCCAUCUACCGGGUGCCGGAGUGGAUCAAGGGCAUGAUGCCGAACAACACUUCAGCCUACCGGCCGAGGCUGGUGUCGCUGGGUCCCUUCCACCACGGUGAGCCUGACCUGCUGCCCAUGGAGGAGCACAAGCGCCGGGCGGUGCUGCACUUGGUCAAGCGCUCCGGGAAACCGCUCCGGGACUUUGUCGCGGCCGUCGAGAUGGUGGCAGACGAGCUGCUGGAUGCCUACCAGGGCCUCGACGAGAAGUGGCGUGAGUCGAGCCGGGACCGGUUCGUGCAGAUGAUGGUCAUGGACGGGUGCUUCUUGCUGGAGCUUAUGGAGGCCACGAAACCAUUGGGAUCUAGUGUGAAAGAGGACGAGGUCAUUAACACUAUUAACACCAAUCCUCAUUGUUUUUCUAUUGAAAUCUUCCGAACUCGUCAGAGUCCGCGGGCCGCAGCAGUAAGUUUGAGCUCCGCCCCUGUGAAGGAUGAUCAAUGGGGGGACUAUGCGGCCAAUGACCCCGUCUUCAGCGCCCACGCUAACCAUAUUUUGUGGCCGGGCAUCCGGUCCGAUGUGAUCGCCUUGGAAAACCAGUUGCCCCUACUCGUUCUACAAAGGCUUUUAGCCGUGGAGCGUGGAACAACUCCGGAACCUGCCGAGAUCAACAUGGCGGUGGUGAGGUAUCUGUACUACUGCUCGUGUGAGGGAACUCCCACCGGCAAGCUAGGCCUCCAUCCGUUGGAUAUUUUACAUAGAAGCAUGUGUGCCCCUCAACCUGAUGCACAACACCAGGGAGGCGAUUCAGCCUCUUUUGAGGAGGACUGCAUGCCAUCUGCCGUGGAGCUCAGGGAGGCAAGGGUCCUUUUUAAGAGCAGCAACACUCACCUCAUCGACGCCAUAACCUUCAGAAACGGUGUCCUGAGCAUGCCCGAGUUCAAGGCCUACGGGGACACCGAGAAUCUCUACCUGAACCUGUUCGCCUUCGAGCAGCUGCACCCGGACACCGGGUACGAGUUGUUGUCCUACAUGUUCUUCAUGGUGGGCCUGAUCGAAUCGAAUAGAGACGUGGCGCUGCUGAGGUCCAGAGGGAUCAUCAGAAACAUGCGCAGCAGCGACAAGGAGCUGGUAGAGAUGUUCAGCGUGCUGGGCAGGGCAACGCUGAUGCACCCGUCCAGCAAGCUGAACGGCGUGCUACGGGAGGUGAAAGCACACUGCAAGAAGCGCCGGAACAAGUGGCGAGCCAACUUCGUGCACACGUACCUGAGCAGCCCAUGGGUGUUCAUCUCGCUCAUCGCCGCUGUCAUCCUACUCAUGGCCACCUUGCUGCAAACUGUCUACGCUAUUCUCCCCUUUUACAGCAAGGUUAAGCCAGAAGUAUGAUGUGGCUAUGUGCCCUAUCUAUAUUGUACCGGUGGACAAGUUGUUUUACUCCAUUAUUUAUUGAGCAUAGACAUUGUUCCAAGAAAAUGUAUUAAACGUAAUCUGGUCAGAAAUGACAUUGUGUUUGGGUUUUUUGAGGAUUA